AUGAUGAUCAGCUCAUUGGAAGAGUUUUCUACAAGUGAUGUUGAUAAUGAUCCUUUAGAAACAAUAAUAAUUAUAACAUCAACAUUAACAUCAAUUCGUACUACAAGAUUAACAAGUUACAUGAGUCCACCAAACUUACUCAAAAAUCUUGAUGCUGAAACAGGAUUUAUUGGGUGGGCUCAAACUGAUACUUUAGCUGUCAUUAUUGAUUCGAAUGGAGCAUUCAAUAGUGGUUAG